GGCGAUUUGAACUCGCAACGAUUAUUUGGAGAUCUCUUCAACUCAUUGUCUUUCAAUGGCUUCAUUAUUACAAUCGCGGGUACCUUCAUGCCUAGCAUGCCUACGCCGGACAACAGGUAGUUUCGGUGAUGGACUGCUAUUCUCAAGUAGCCAGCAGGUCAGAGGGAAGAAGAAGCUUGCGAAAGAAAAGGAUCAUAAUGUUACAAUUCAGUUACUGAAACCUGUCAUAGGAAUUGGCAGAAAGGGAAGAAUUGUUCAAGUUCCUCCUGGAUUGAUGCGAAAUAAGCUGUAUGGCAGAGGAUUUGCUGUAUAUGUGACACCUACAGAGUCCGAACAAGCUGGUUCGAGGAAAAAUGUAUCUCUCCCUGAUAGUACUUUUGGAAAGCGCAAAGCCAUCAGAAUAGAGCCGGUGCAAGAUCAGAAGAAGGCAUUGAAAUUCCUCAGCGGAGAGCGUCGACUGAACCUCAAGAAGGUGGUUGAGCUUGAAUUGCUGAGCCCCGAACGCUCCACAGCUAUCUUAUCCGAUUUGAUACCACCCUAUAUAGACUUCUUCGAAACGGCCAUUACUGUUGCUCCUGUACCGGUAAAGAAGGUCUCACCAUCCCUAGCGUCAUCUUCUUCAAUAUCCGCUGCAGCUUCAAAGAAUAGUACAGGGAAAUCAGAAAAGGUACCCAUCUAUGGAUCGGUAUCAACUGCGGAUAUAGCCGCAAAGAUGAAGACCAUCUUAGGUCAGGACUCGGAAGGAAAGCGGGUUGUGUUUGGACCGGAAGAUAUCAAAUUUGUUCAGGAGACGGAAGAGACAGACCGUGUCAAACAUUUGGGUAUUUAUGAGGUCGACAUACAACUCAGGGGAGCUCCUGAGGCUGUUCGAAGGUCGAUCAAAAUCAAUGCUCAAGAUUAGAGUUUGAAGAUGAAUCAAAAGACAUCGAUGAGGACUUGAGUGAUACCUAGAUAUACAUGCAUCAUCAGAUUUGAUUAAAUUGCUGAGAAAUUGUAAAUCUCAAAUAAAUGUACUAAUUAUUUGUCAUUCAUUCAUGAAGUGAGGGGGUUGGAGGCCGUUGGGAAGACAGGACUGUUUCGCGUAAGAAGUGCAGCCGCAAACAUUCGAUAUGCAGUUAUAGAAAGAAGUUCAUUGGUCGUAAAACGCCGGUUCAUCCAUCAAUUUUAUUCUACACAUACAUAAUACAACUUCCACUCGUGUCA